GGAGAUUGAGCCAAAAUAUUUGUGCACGUGCGACGCGCACCUCCAGCAAACAAAACCGGCUGUUUAUAAUAAUUGUUGCCUGCUUUAUAAGAAUCUUAAUUAAUAAUUAAGCUUUAACUAAGGAUUCAAAAUCAUGUCCCAGUAUACGUCUCGCUCCGAGUCCGAUGUGGGAAUCCGUCUUCGGCUUGGAAAACAACCCAGACUUUGUGCAGUUAUCAAAGAUCGGUAUUCAGACUUUCAUGUUAAUGAAAUCGACCCAGAUGGAAACAUUGUAAAGUUGACGUCGCUGACUGCACCGGUUGACAAUUCAGCAGCAGAAGCUUUGAAGGAUCCCCAAAUUAUUACUUUAAUCCCGGAAGAUGUUCGUCAAAAAAUUGGUGAUAUGCAGGAACGGCUCAACGCCGUGGUAGAUAAGAGAAAUAUCAAGAAUGAUAAGGAAUGUGUCGAAAUUAAGGCGACGGAUCUCGAAAAGGAGAGCAGAACGCGGAUACAUCGUUGGAUUUCUACAUUUGAUAAGCUCAGUUCUGAAACGGUAGACAAAGACGGGGACAAGUUUAUCACAAUUGUUGCAAUGAAAGGGGGCGAUCGAGGCAAACGUCGCCCAGCAAAUCGGGCGAAAUAUACUCAUUGUGUCCUCUACAAGGAAGGUGUUGAAACAUCGGAGGCGAUUGGAUUCAUUGCCAAAAAGCUAAAUAUGAACCCAGGAUUCAUCUCUUACGCCGGAAUAAAAGAUAAACGAGCCAAAACUAGUCAACGACUUUGCAUUUCAAACAUCGAAGCGAGUCGUCUCGUUUCAAUUUGCAAAUACAGGCAAAAUAUUAAACUCGGAAAUUUCGCGUACCACCCCAAACCCAUUGCUCUCGGAGAUCUGAAGGGGAAUCAUUUCAAACUGCUCCUCAAAAACUUGAGAUUUAGCGAAGGGGACGAAAUUGAAAAUUUAGGAUUGAAUGAUGUCGUCACUUCCGCCAUGGAGUCGCUCGCAUCUGCCGGUUUCAUCAACUAUUACGGGAUGCAACGUUUCGGUUCGUAUGCGGUGUCCACACAUCAAGUUGGGUUAGAGGUCCUGAAGCAAAACUGGAUCAAGGCCUACGAUUUACUCCUCUCUCCAAAACCGAACGAUCCUUCAUUCCUCGCCAAGGCGAAAGAUUUGUGGUUAAAGGAGCGCGACCCUAUUGGGGCACGUUCCAUGUUGCCCUCUCGAUUUGUAACUAUUGAGUCCAACCUCCUUCACGGUUUGGCCCGUUCCUACGCGAGGAACGAUUUUGUCGCCGUUUUUCUCAACAUGCCGCGACCACAACGACUUCUAUACGUCCACGCAUAUCAAAGCUUAAUGUGGAAUCGGGUCGCGUCCUUUCGAGUGGAGGAAUAUGGGAUUGAUUCGCCAGUCGUGGGGGAUUUGGUUUACGUUGGGGAAGGGGAAGAAGAAAUAUUAGAGUUUGAAGUUAAUGAUGCUCUCAACGAUGUCAGAGAACACUCUGCGUCCGAUAGCAAAUCCGCCCCAAAGAAGUUGGAAGUGAAAACGUUAACCCAAGAAGACAUUAACUCUGCAAAGUACACAAUUUACGAUGUCCUCAUCCCUCUGUACGGAAGUGACGUAAAAUUUCCAGAAAACAAAACUAAAGACUUUCUUACCAAAAUGUUGGAAGAUGAAGGAAUUAGUUCAGACUGUUUCGAAAGAUUUAGACCAAUUGGAGAUAAACCAACCGGUGGGUACAGAAAAUUGCUCGUCCGUCCCACCAACGUGUCGCACACGCUGCAUACUUACUCUGACUCUGAUAACCUCGACUCUUACAUUAAAUCAGACUGGGAAGAGCUAAACGAAGCGUCGCCAUCAAAUGGGGAAUCUGCCAGGGCGAAGACAGACGACUCUUCGACUACCACCGAUUCGUCCACUUCCAAAAAAACUUGUUUAGUCCUCGCAUUUUCUCUUCCUUCUUCGUCCUAUGCGACAAUGGCACUGCGAGAAAUUAUCAUGGAACAGGACAAAUCAUGUCAUCGCAACGAUGAUGCCAAUAAAAUCUCACAAAUUGAACCUUCCACAAAGCAAGAACAAGCACAUAACGACGACCCCAGUGAAGCUGAACCGUCUCUAAAGAAGCCAAAGGUUGCCGAAUAGUUGGGAUAAUUCUGAUUUAAUUUUGUCCAAAUGUUUAUUACUUGACAUAUUUAUUUAUAUGCAAUCAAUAAAGACUAAAUUAAUUAUCAUAACAUUUCAAAUACUAAA